GGGAGGCGGAAGUGCCGCGGGCCACCGCCUCCGUCCGGGCUGCAGCCCCUGCCGGUUAUAUAACUCGUUGCGGGCUCCGCGCGGCCUCGCUUCCCGGCUCCCAGCGACCCCAGGAUGCGCUGAGCCCCACGACGCCGUCCGCUGCCGCCGGCUCCCGCCCGAGGUGUGAAUGACAGAGGUGGUGCCGUCCAGCGCCCUCAGCGAGGUCAGCCUGCGCCUCCUCUGCCACGAUGACAUAGACACUGUGAAGCAUCUGUGCGGCGACUGGUUCCCUAUCGAGUACCCAGACUCAUGGUAUCGUGAUAUCACCUCCAACAAGAAGUUCUUUUCCCUCGCUGCCACCUACAGGGGCGCCAUCGUGGGCAUGAUAGUAGCUGAAAUAAAAAGUAGGACCAAGAUACACAAGGAGGAUGGAGAUAUUCUAGCCUCCAGCUUCUCUGUUGACACACAAGUUGCGUACAUUCUAAGUCUGGGAGUAGUGAAGGAAUUCAGAAAGCACGGCAUAGGUUCCCUUUUACUUGAGAGUUUAAAGGAUCACAUAUCAACCACCGCCCAGGACCACUGCAAAGCCAUCUAUCUGCAUGUCCUCACCACCAACAAUACAGCAAUAAACUUCUACGAAAACAGAGACUUCAAGCAGCAUCACUAUCUCCCCUAUUACUACUCCAUCCGAGGGGUCCUCAAAGAUGGCUUCACCUACGUCCUGUAUAUCAACGGUGGCCACCCUCCCUGGACCAUCCUGGACUAUAUCCAGCACCUGGGCUCUGCGCUAGCGAACCUGAGCCCCUGCUCCAUCCCACACAGAAUCUACCGCCAGGCCCACAGCCUGCUCUGCAGCUUCCUGCCAUGGUCCAGCAUCUCCACCAAGGGCGGCAUUGAGUAUAGCCGGACCAUGUGAUGCCGGCCAGGCAGCCUCCACCAGGCCCACCCCUCUGCACCCUGCAGAGCCCACCUACCUAGCCAUUUGACCUCAGCUGUCCUCUGCAGAGGAACUGGUGGCGACCUGCCGGGCCCGUCGGCCUGCCCCAGCUGCAGGCCCGGUGCUACGCGGGCUCGGGAGCAGAGCGUCACGGGGUGCACCUAGUUUCCCACAGGCUGUUCCAGCCCUCCUUCUCAGUCUGGAAACCUCUGCCUCUGUUCCGUGCCCUGGUCGUGCCUCCAUGUGCGCCCACCAGACCCAUGAGAAUGAGUGUGGUGAUGGUCCCUGUGGUCUGUUUCUUCUGCUGCCCCAGGAAGAAGAGGGCAGGAAGGGGCUUCCCUCACCGCCCCCUCACCGCCCUCUUCCCCUCCACCACCUGUUCCUUCUAGCUCUUUCCUCCAAAGCCAGAAUGAACUUCGGCUGGGAGGGAGGAACCCAAGUGUUAUGGACAGAGUUGACCGUAAAGACACAGGAGCCUCAGAACAAUGAGGGGGUGAAAUAAAGGGAAUGCCAGAGCCUCGUCCAGAACCAGCCCACAGAAGCCAAAGCCAGGGGCGUGGAAAGCAGUCCCCGCCUCUCCAUGAAGGGCUGGUGCACAGAGGGCAGAGCAGAGAGGCUUUUCACCCAAGCUCAGACCUGGGGCUUAGCUCCCUGACAAGAGCUGUCAGAUAAUGGGACAGAUCCCCACCCUUCUGUGGGAGGCUGAGUCCUCCAGCAGCCUCCCGCUGUGGGCUGCAUACUGUCCUGGACAGCACGGAACUGCUCAUCGGAUCGGGGAUGCUCCAUUCAGCUGAACUGCCACAAGGAGCCAGGCUGAGGACAGGGGCUGGCAAAGUUCCCGGAGUCCUCUCCCCCAGCCCCCCAGGUCCCGUGAGCUGCAGCUCCGAGGCCCGGCCAGAUGCAGAAAGGAGGAAGCUGAGCAUGACUUUGAUCAAGUGGGGCCUGGCCUUUGGGGCUGAAGGCAGUCAUGUGACUUGUGGUCCCUCAGCCCCUCAGGGCAGAGACAAGAGAGGCUGUCAGUGCCGGGAAAUGUGUUUGCGGACAUCGCUUGCUUCUGACAUCCCCUCCACCCUCAUCCCCCAAAGCUGCUUGCUGCCUGCCCAGCCCUCCAGAGUCAAGGGGGUGGUGCAGAGUCAUGCCCAGUAUUGCUGCUGUGUCACAGAGCCAUCACCACAGAGCACCAGCCUGAGAGCAGGAGGAGAAGGGGGAACAGCCCAGGCAGGGGCCUCAGUGACUGGCAUCCUUCCCUCCCUCAGAACAUCUGGCCCGGGGCUCCUCUGGCCUCAGGGUUCCUGAAAUGAAGGCAAGUCCCAGGCAGGAAAAGCAUUCCUUCUCCCUCAGCUGCUGACCGGUCCGCCUUUGCACUGAUAAUGGCUUCGUGCUGAGGCCCAGAUCAGUGUUCUCUUUAAUCUGAAUCAUCGGUGAUCAUGUGAUUUUUAUUUCUGCCCUGCGGGGUAAGGGAAGAGUCUUCUAGAAGGUUCUGCCUUGGACAUUCAUAAUGCAGCUCAGAGGCCUUGCCCUGCCCCCACCUCCCUACCCCUGUCUCUUAAUCACUGCAGUAUCCAGCCCAGUGUUGAAUGGAUUGUAGUGUUUUGUCUCAUUACAAACAAUUAAACAGACUUCCAUUGGUCACA